CACACUUGGCCAGCCUCUCCCUCCCUCAUUUCGUCCAUCCUCUUAUUUGCUUCCAACUUCCAGGAGAAGCGGGUCAGAAGAAGGGUCUCCCUUUCCCCUGCCAUCCAUGGAGCGCCCGGUCGGUGCCACCCUCUUGCCACCCUCCGGCUUGGCUGAUGCCCUCCUCUGCUGACUCCGGAGCUGGGCGAGCCUGGUCCUCCCUGCCCCAGCGCCCAUCGGCCGCUCGCCGAGCAGAUCCAGGACGAAGAGGAAUAUGCCAGUCCCUGGGUACCUGUUGCUGGCAAUCGCCCUCUUGUGCGCUCAGCCGGUGUUGACUUCCGAGCAGCCAGCAGGAGUGGUGCCCUUCGAGGAGGUCUGGAGCCGCAGCUACUGCCGGGCCCGGGAGACCCUGGUGGACAUCCUGAGCGAAUUCCCCCACGAGGCCGAGCACAUCUUCAAGCCCCCCUGCGUCCCCCUCUGGAGGUGUGCCGGUUGCUGUGGGGACGAGAGCCUGGAGUGCAUCGCAGUGGAGACCCGGACCAUCGAUUUGCAGGUGGUCCGAGUGAGCCCCAUCCUGGGCACGACUCAGCAGGAAGAAAUGAAGUUCGUGGAGCACACCCGCUGCUCUUGCAGGCCACGGCGAAAACGUUUGAAAGGCGAGAGGAGCCACCGGAUUGGGGCCAAGAGGAGACCCCGGGAGCCAAGCCUGACGCCUUUCACACCACUCAGCUGCAAACUCCCCGGCGCGGGGAGGCCGGAGGCCCAGCACAGAGACCAAGAAGAAGCCGAGAGUUCGCCCCUGUCCGAGAGAGACGUUCCCCUCUGAAGUCCGGACACAGGCAGGGCUGCCUCUCUCUCCCAGCUGCCCAUGCAAGGACGGCGGACAGA